GCUUUCUUCACUUUGAUUCACACGAAAAUGCUUCGGUUUUCUUUCGCCGGCACACGGCUCAUACAUCAUGUCUUGGAACGAGCGAUUUCAGAGUACAGCCAGCAAAGCAGCCGACUGGCGACAACGUACAUUACUCGCAAGUAGAACUCCCGUUCACAAGGCCGUCACCAUCCAUUCCCGGCCCUUCAACCACUGCUGCCCCUUCGUCUCCCGUCCCUUCAACCACCACAACUGCUGCGCCUUCGUCUCCAGUCCCUGCUCCCGCCACUCCUUCUGCGCCUUCGUCGCCCGUCCCUGGCCCUGCCAUUACUUCUGCGGCUUCGUCUUCCGUCCCUGCCCCCACCGCGGCUGCUGCACCUUUGUCCCCGGUUCCCGGCCCGUCUUUGGCAUCUCAUCCUCCAAGUUUUAUUGGAUGGAAAAGGUUUGUCGUUAGCUGAAGUCGCUUUUUUUUAGCUUACAUUUUUUCUUUUUUUUCCAGGAAACAAGCAGAGGCGCAUGAGAUGCUUCUUGCUGAGAUCGCGGAAAAGCGAGCAAAGUUAGAGGAAUUAAAG